AUGGUGUUUUUAAUUUCAACGCUUGAAGAAUAUUUUUCAUUUCUUGAUAAAAUCGAGCCUGACACUUUAUUUUAUGCAUUAAUUUUAAUUAAAUGGAUUAUUUCUACUUGGGAACAUUAUCUGUCUUACAGACAAUAUCAAAAUUAUAAACGUCAUCAAAAUGUUCCAGCUGAACUAACCGAUGUAAUGACAGAUGAUGAACUUAAUAAAGCACGUUUAUAUGCUAUGGACAAAAUGCGUUACAAUGAAAUUCAUUCGAUAUUCAAUCAAGUUGAAACAACGAUAUUACUGUUGAUUGGUGUUCUUCCAUGGUUAUGGCAAACAUCUGGCAAUAUAUUAGCUAAAUAUAAUUAUUUCAAUUAUGAGAUACUGCAAUCCAUUGUAUUUGUUGGUAUUAUUAUGAUCUAUUCAACAAUAUCAAAUAUUCCUUGGUCAUAUUAUUAUCAUUUUGUACUUGAAGAAAAACACGGAUUUAACAAACAAACAGUUAAAUUUUUCAUCAAAGAUACUAUUAAAAAAUUACUUGUUACAUGUAUAUUAACACUACCCAUAGUUUCAUUGUUGAUUAAAAUUAUUCAGAUAGGUGGUGAUUACUUUUUUGUUUAUGCAUGGCUUUUUGUUACAACUAUGUCAUUGAUAAUCGCAUUCAUUUAUCCAAAUUAUAUUGCACCAUUAUUUGAUCGUUAUGAUCCAUUACGUGAAGGAGAACUACUUACAAGCAUCGAAACAUUAGCGGCUAAACUCAAAUUUCCGCUUGCGAAAAUUUAUGUUGUUGAAGGCUCAGCUCGGUCGGCUCAUUCUAAUGCUUAUUUCUAUGGAUUUUUUAAAGCCAAACGAAUUGUUCUCUACGAUACCCUUAUAAAAGGUUAUAGUAUUAGUGAAAAUAAAGAUGAUGAUAAAGAAAAAACAUCAGAAGCAGAAAAUACAUUAACUCAUCGCAAAACAAAUGAUGUCCAGCAAGCCAAUAAAAAGAAAGCUGAAAAAGGUUGUGAACCCGAAGAAGUUCUUGCUGUAUUGUGCCAUGAAUUUGGACAUUGGUCAUUGAGUCAUAAUCUUAUUAAUUUAUGUAUUUCAUUUCUUAAUUUAUUCUUCGUCUUUGUCCUAUUUGCUGCUUUGUUCGAACGUUCGGCUCUUUAUGGAGCAUAUGGUUUUACUGCAACAAAACCAAUUCUAAUUGGUUUAUUAAUCAUCUUUCAAUAUGUUUUGUUACCGUAUUUUGAGGUCUUUUCGUUUGCAUUAACGGUAUUAUCUCGUCGUUUUGAAUUUCAAGCCGAUAAUUUCGCUGUUAAACUUCAUUAUGCUGAUUCAUUGGGACGCGCAUUAAAGAAACUUCAAGUUGAUAAUAUGGCAUAUCCAUUUUCGGAUUAUCUUUAUGCAAAAUAUCAUUAUUCGCAUCCAACACUGCUUGAACGUCUUAAAGCAAUUGAAUUGGCGAAAACAAGCUAA